CACCCUCCCGAUUCCCCCCAUCCGCCAUUUUUACCCCUCUUUUGUUCUUCUAUGGCUUCUCGAUUUGCAUUUCAAUCCACCAAUUUCUCUUCAUACUACUUGGAAUGUGCGGGAUCAGAAGAAAGUGCAAAGUCUGUAGCUCAUUCAUCUUAUGGAUCAAAGUUUAGCAUGAAAGGGCCAGAGAAUUAUGGCUCUUCAACUAACAACCUUUUGCAUGGGUUCCUGUUCAGACAUUGCAUAUCCUCAUCCCAAAGUCGGUCUUCAUUAAGAUCAUUGUCAUCCAUUGCUUCUUCUGGCAGAGAUAAGAUCAUUGCUGAAGAUAAGUAUUCGGUGGGUAUAGCACACAGAGACGAAUCAGAAUUUAACCGUGUAAAUUGUCUUGUAUGGGUAUUGCAUGAAUCUGCCAGGAGUUUUUCCGUUGCAAUUCAGACUCUGCAAUUGGCUAGGAGUGGUCCUGAGCUUUCAAAUGCGUGGAUUGGAGUGGAUGUGAAUUUGUGGCAUAAACGCAUCGCGUAUCAGGUGGCAGUAUAUGCUUUAUUGAGAGCUACAAUUGAAGUGGAAUUGUUUCUUUCUCAAAAGCGUUGCAACAGUCCUGUAAGUGAAAUUUUGUCUGCAAAGACAUCGUUUCUUGGCGAGUUUGUUGAGAGUCAGUUGAAUGCCAAGCACCCCAAAUUGGUACAGUGGUUUAGAACUGUGGAGCUUCCACGUAUAGCAGGAUCAUUUAUCUCACUAUUCAAAAAGUGGUCGGUGGAAUAUGCUGGAAGUGGUGUUGCAGGAGUCAUUCUGGCUAUAAGUUGUUGCGCUGCAGUGAGAAAGUUGGGAUCGAGCCGUAUUGCUUGUGCUUUAUUCACUGAGUCCAUUGACAAUGUCUUGGUGGAGCUUAUGGACUUAUCAUGCAGUCUUGUAACGGCAGAUAAGUUGCAUCACUUGGCAAUGGAGGCAGGAUUUGAAGAUGAUUUUUUGUUCCAUUUUGGUAAAAAAGUUUUGCCAAAUAAGAACAUUGAAGAUGUGGAAUUUUGGAUCGGGCUGGUACAGAAAAAACUUUUGUUAGCAUUUCACAGAGAAGGUGUAAUAACAGGCAAACUGACAUUCAAUGAUAAGAUUGGAGAGACUACUUUGGCUACUCUUGGGAUUUUUGCAUUUCUUGGAAGAGAGACCAGAUUAUUCUUAUCAGAAAUGAACAUAAAGGAUCUUGACGAGCAAAUCAAGGACUUCCUCAGUUACCUAGAGUGUGGUAGCCUGUACAUUUGUCCUGAAUUUAACUCCCUACCCGAGUAUCAGCUCUUCAUCGAGGUUGUUAUAGAUGAAAUUGGAUGGCUCGACUUCUAUGCGCCACUUAGAUGCAAAUUCCAUCAUGAUGGAAGAAGAUCAAGGCAACAAGCCAUCCAAGCGGAGAAGGAAAUCAUUCUUUAUAACGUUCUUACCGUUUGUUAUGAUGUUUUCUCCGGAUAUGCUCAUUAUAGCAAUUCUUCACAACAACCCAUGGAAUCAAAUUUGCUUUCAUUUCUGCUUCGAAGUCAGACCCUAUUAUCUUACUGUCUUGAGGAGUAUUGGGCUGCUUAUGAUAAACCUGGCAAAUUAAUGAAAUUUUCGGAAAGAGUUCCCUCUGACUCAACACCUUCUGUUCAAAGUAAUAAAGGGACAACAAACUCAUCUAUAUUAUUGGAAGCUCAGCAAAAGCCCGUUGAUCUGAUAAAAAGGCGAAGCAGUCAAGAUGGAUCUACAAUUAGGAAGGCUGCAGAGAGGGGAGGUGGAGCUGAAACAAAGCCAUUGUUAGAGCGCUUAGUGAGGGCAUCCACCCUGAAGUUAGUCACUGCUAGUAAUAACUUAUGGAUGGGCACUCGGUUACUCUUCAUAGACGUAACAGAUGCUUUCGGACUCUUCGUAAAGCAAUUGUGUGGCAACAAGAUUACAAGUAGAGAAAGAGGGAAGAUCAAACGAACACUCAAUGAUAUCGCUACUCUGAUUCCAAUUACAAUCCUAAUGUUAAUUCCCGUAUCGGCUGUAGGGCAUGCAGCAAUGCUUGCAGCAAUCAAGAAGUAUAUCCCAUCAUUGAUUCCUUCUCCAUAUUCGUCUCAACGGCUGAACCUGGUGAAACAAUUGGAGAGAACAAAGAAGAUGGAAAUCGAAUCAUGGGCCAUAGAAGAUCCAGGUGUAACUAAAGAAUCUAGUAGAGAAAAUGAAGAAGAUAAAAGCUUUACAAUCACAAUGCCAUAAUCAUCGCAGAAGAUGCCCCUGUUCAUGGUUGUUUUUGUUGGGGGCAGUUUGUAUAUAAGGUAGAUCUUGAUGUAUAAUUAGAUGUUACAUAAAGAUUUUGUCGAAUUUCUUGCAGAUGUAAUUUAAAGAGCUCAUAGUUGCAAAUCUUGGGGGCGAGGGAGGAGGGGCGGGUUGCACAAAAUGUUGCAUACUGGGGUUGCCGGUUACAAACCCUUUAUUAGCUUGUUUAAUUCCUUAAGUUGAUACAUUGUAGAAAGGUGAAGUUGUCUUCUUUUUGAAAUUGGAAAAGAUGACUAUUAUCAAU